AUACCUCUAGUCACUUCAUGCUACAAAAACCCGGAUAAGCUCCGGUCUGAUUGGCCACUUGGCUCACAUGAAGAUUUUACCUACUCUUUCUUUGACAUAGAUAUCCUGGCAAGUGCCAAAAAGUAGUCGGAGCAUUGCAUGGUCCAAAUGGGAUCACUGUGUAUAGUAUUUUUCCUUGCUUUAGAUUAGGUUAGAUAUACAUGUAUAAGGCUGUAGGCAGUUUCACUGCUUUGUCUGGAGUAUCAGAGCUUGUCUAAUUUGUAGUAACAGGCAAGAAGGGGAUACAUUUUUUAUCUUAGUUAGUUUAGUUCCUUACAGUCAUCGCAAAAUCUGCCCUGUUUGUUGGUUGCAGAAUAUGUUUGGUGACCAAGGGAGUACAAAAUUAAACAACAAAAGGAGUGUGCAGCUUUUUGUGAAGUUUCUCUCUGACAUUGUGCCAUAUGAACCAGCUGAGUAUUUGAAGGUUCAUAUCAUCAAGGCCCCUCAAGUGCCUAGCAAGCUGCGUGAACAUGUUACUGACUAUGUGUCUUUGGCCAAGACAAGACUUAUGGACUUAAAGGAACCAGUGGAAUUGAUGGCAAUGUAUGGCGACAGUUUGGGGACAUCUGGAAUGGAUGUAAAAAGUGAUCAUACAAAGGUAUCUGCAAAAAAAGCAUGGGAAAAGAAUGGUUAUUGCAAACUGCCCGGCUAA